AUGGCAUUCGUGAGUGCUGUGACUGGUGAUGACUCCACGAAGAAAUUCCUGGACGUUUUACAAAAUGACUUCAAAACACUUAGUUUGGAAACUAAAAAGAAAUAUCCUCAGAUAAGAGAGGCCUGUGAUGAGGCUAUAGAGAAGCUCUCGCUUGCCUCAAAUAAUCCACAAGCAUCAUUGUAUGGGGUUGUAAAUCAAAUAUUGUAUCCCUUAGUACAAGGAUGCGAAUCAAAAGACAUUAAAAUUAUCAAGUUUUGUUUGGGCACCAUACAGCGACUUAUAGCCCAGCAAGGAAUAGAUGCCAAAGGUGCUCGACAUGUAGUUGACUGCCUGUACAACUUAGGGCAAGCUGGUGUAUUGGAGUUGAAACUUCUUCAAACUGCUGCUCUGUUGAUGACCACAUCGGAUCUGGUACAUGGAGACACAUUGGCCAGGACAAUGGUGAUGUGCAUGCGAACGGUGUCAGCAAGCGAGACACGCGAUGUCAGUACGAGUCAUGCGGCAGCUGCUACUGUGCGGCAACUCGUCGCACUCGUUUUCGAACGCGCGCUUGCUGAAGCAGACGGAAAAUUAAAAGUGAAUCCAGCCGAUGUAAGACUUCAAACAAACAACAAAGCACCUAAAGAAUUGAAACCAUGUGCAACUGAUGCAUAUCUGAUAUUACAAGACAUAAUUCAACUAAUAAAUGGCGACGCCGCUCACUGGUUGGUAGGGAUAUCUGAAGUGCCAAAAACAUUUGGCUUGGAGCUGCUUGACACUGUUCUGACGGAUUUCUCAGCUGUGUUUUUUAAAAUUCAAGAAUUUAGAUUUUUGCUGAAAGAGCAUGUCUGUGCUCUGAUAAUAAGGCUUUUUUCUCCAAACGUGAAGUAUAGAGCCGCAUUCACGUCGCUGCACAUCCCGGGCGCGGGCGGCGGUGCGGGGGGUGCGGGUGGCGGGGGGGGGGCGGGCAGCCCGGCGCCCGAGCGCCCGCACUUCCCCGUCACCAUGCGCUUGCUGCGGCUCGUCUCCGUUAUAGUGCAUAAAUACCAUGAAGUGCUGGUUACCGAAUGUGAGAUCUUUCUGUCAUUGACCAUCAAGUUCCUGGACCCGGACAAACCUCUUUGGCAACGUGCUCUUGCUUUAGAAGUGCUCCACAAGAUGACUAUACAGCCGCAUUUGCUUAAGGCGUUCUGCGAGUGUUACGACAUGAAGCCGCACGCCACAAAUAUAUUCCAAGACAUUGUGAACGCAUUGGGUGCAUACGUACAGAGUCUCUUCGUCGCCUCGCAGGUCAAUCAACAAGUUGUAUCUUCGGGAAUACCACAGCAAGCAGGUUUUUACUGGAAAGGCGUGUGGCUCCCACUAUGCGUCACUUUUGAGCCGGGGACAGCUAAAUCCUUGUAUAUUGAGAUGUUAGAUCGAACGGAAGCGCCAACCAUACAAGAGGGCUAUGGAAUAUCUGUAGCGUACGCCUGCAUUAUGGAGAUCAUACGCUCGAUAGCUAUCAGUGUGGAAGGCGACGAGUACUUUAGGCUUCAAGAGUUAUAUGAAGAUGUACAAAAUGAUGGAGACGAAAUUAAUUCUAACAAUACCGGAAACAACAAAGAAAUUGUAAACAAAACUGAUACCGAAGAGAUAUCAAGUAAUGGACAUAAAAGAGAACCCGAUCAGAAUUCCAAUGUGGUGGAGAAAAUUGAUCCGAAUGCAGAGAAAGAGAGGCUUCUGAAACUACAGCUUAUAAAAUCGUCUUGGUGCGGGCUGGUGUGGGGACUGUCGGUGUUGGCGGAGGCCAGCAUCGGCGAGCUCGAGAACAUUCUCUGCGCCGUGCAGACGCUAGCCAGGGUCAGCGGGAAGACGGGCGUGACGAGCGCGCGCGACGCGUGCGUGGGUGCGCUGUGCCGCUGCGCGCUGCCGGCGCAGUACUGCGUGCCGGCGCUGGGUGCGCUGGGGGCGCUGCACUGCCCCUGGGCUCCGCCGCGUGCGCCAGCCCCCGCGCCCGCGCCUGCGCCUGACUUGCGCCACCACGUCGUCUGGGUCGGCACACCGCUGCCCUGCGCGCAGGUGCCCACCGGACAACAACAAUCGUUCGUGAUGGUGACGUCACGUCACGUGACAGCUAUGAAAGCCCUACUUAACGCUGCACGAAGAGAUGGCGACACUAUUCAACAAGCAUGGUUACCAGUCCUCACCACGCUUCAACAUCUGGUUUGGAUUCUGGGGCUGAAGCCGUCGACGGGCGGCAGCAUGAAGGCGAGCCGCGCCAGUGCGGACGCCAACGCGGUCAUGAGCACCUCUGCCGUCAUGGCCGACCUACCCGGUCAGCAAGUUCCUGUCGCGGAGUCGCUCGGAGUUAUGAGCGCGUUAUCUGCAAUGUUGUCAAGAGUGUUCGAGUCAUCCAAGAACCUAGACGACGUGGCACUUCAUCAUUUGAUUGACGCGCUUUGUAAACUGUCUAAUGAGGCAAUGGAACUAGCAUAUUCUAACAGGGAACCAUCAUUGUUUGCGGUAGCGAAACUACUGGAGACAGGUUUAGCCAAUAUGCACAGAAUAGAAGUCAUGUGGAGGCCUAUCACGAACCAUCUAUUAGAAGUGUGUCAACACCCGCACAUACGCAUGCGAGAAUGGGGAGUGGAAGCAAUUACAUACCUCGUCCAAGCGGCCUUCCAGUACCAUCAUAAUAAUCCGGCACUCGUUACGGAGGCGCGGCAGCGGCUGCUGCUGGAGCCGCUGGCGGAGCUGUGCGGCGUGCGGCACUGCGACGUGCGCGCGCGCCAGCUGGAGUGCGCCGCGCGCCUGCUGCAUUCGCGCGGCGAGCAGCUGGGCGCCGCCUGGCCGCUCAUGCUCGAUAUCAUCUCCGCCGUCUCUGAGCGACACAGUGAGCAGCUGGUGCGGUCCGCGUUCGCGUGCGCGCAGCUGGCGGCGGGCGACCUGCUAGGUUGUGCGGGCCCGCGUUGCCUGCGCCGCGUGCUGUCUGCCGCCGCCGCCUUCGCGCGCCAGACCAAGGACCUCAACAUCAGCCUCACCGCCGUCGGACUCAUGUGGAACAUAUCGGACUACCUGUACCACAACCGGGACAAGUUGUGCGGCGCGUUGGCGAGCGAUGCGGCCGUGUGUCCCGAAGUGCCCAACCACGCCGAGCUACCACCACUCGACAAACUAUGGAUGUGCCUCUACAUACGACUCAGCUCGCUGUGCACGGAAGCGCGUGCGCCGGUGCGUCGUGCUGCGAGCCAGACGCUGUUCAGCUGCGUGGGUGCGCACGGCUCGCUGCUGUCUCCGCCCGCCUGGCGCGCGCUGCUCAACGUGCUCUUCCCCAUGCUGGACGAGGUCCAAAAACAAUCGAACAUUGCAAGCUCGGAGAAGGUGGAUACCGGAGAGCACAUACUUAUUCAUCACACCAGGAAUACUGCUCAGAAGCAGUGGGCUGAGACACAGGUUCUGACACUGUCAGGCGUAUCGCGCGUCUUCCACUCGCGUUUUCAACUGCUGAUGACCGUUGGAGAUUUCAACCGCAACUGGACGGCCUUACUGCACUAUAUCACAGAUUUUGCACUACAUAAAAGUCAUGAGGUGUCCCUAGCAGCGCUGAAGUCAUUCCAGGAAGUAGUGUCGGCUGCGGGCCGCGCGGAGUGCUCAGGGGGCGUUUGGGCGGCCGCCUGGGCCGCCUGGAGCGACAUCGCGCAGGGCGUUCAACAGCGCGCAGUUACAGUACAAGACGAGGAAAAGCCUGCCGAAGUGUAUGCGCCCUCACAAAACUUCCUCACGACGCUGGUGCAAAUAUUCCCUUUGAUAUUCCAGCACAUACGCUCCACGUUCAGCGGGGGCGACGUGCGGCGGCUGGGCGCGUGCCUGUGCGCGGUGUGUGGUGCCGAGCCGGCGAGCGCGCUGGCGGCCGGCGCGCUCGCGCCCGCCGCGCCCGUCACGCUACACGCGCUGCACUGCCUCGACGCGCUGCACAAGGAGGCCCUGUCGCGGCACGAGCUGCUGGCGCCACUGUUCGAGGCGUUGAUCUCGCUUGCGGCGGUGUGCGGCGAGCGCGUGGAGCACUCGGAGCGGUCGGAGCGCGGGCCGGCGGCCGCAGCACGCUGCCUGGCCGCCGCAGCCGCGCUGUACCGCGCAGCGCCUGCGCCCAGCGCCGCGCAGCUGCCGAGCCUGCUGCAGGCCUUAUACUUAGCCGCCAAGAAAUAUGGAGCCGGUCCGGCCGGGUCGGACAGGAGACGACGCAAUAGUGAACAAGCUGAAGAUACCACCCAAAUUGCCUCACUCUUACUACAGGUGCUGGCUACCGGGUUACCGUUAGCGAGAGAGAAACCCGACGAGUACGAGGAGUUCUGGGAGACACUGCCCACAGUUUUGGAGACAUUCAUGUUUGAACCACCGUGGUGCGUGGGCGGGCGCGCGUGCUCGCUGGUGCGCGUGGUGCGCGACGAGGUGCUGCGCGGGCGGCCGCGCGCGCCUACCGCUCACGCGCAGCGCGUGCUUAAGCUGUUGCGCGCCGCCGCGCUGCACCCUCAUCCCACGCCCAACCGUACGUACGCAUCUCAAAUUAUGGGCUCGAUGUGGCGCGAUGAGGUGCUGCGCGGGUGGCCGUACGCGCGUGCCGCGCACGCGCAACGCGUGCUCAGGCUGCUGCGUGCAUACGUACGCAUCUCAAAUUACGUGCUCGCUGGUGCGCGUGGUGUGCGACAAGGUGCUGCGUGGGCAGCCGCGCUGCACCCCCACCCCAUCCCACGCCGAACCGUACGUACGCAUCUCACAUUACGUGCUCGCUGGUACGCGUGGUGCGCGAAAAGUUGCUGCGCGGGCAGCCGCGCUGCACCCCCACCCCAACCGACGCCCAACCGUACGUACGCAUCUCACAUUACGUGCUCGCUGGUACGCGUGGUGCGCGACAAGGUGCUGCGCGGGCAGCCGCGCUGCACCUCCACCCCAUCCCACGCCCAACCGUACGUACGCAUCUCACAUUACUUUCUCGCUGGUACGCGUGGUGCGCGACGAGGUGUUGCGCGGGCGGCCGCUGCACCCCCACCCUAUCCCACGCCCAGCCGUACCCGCGCUGCACCCCCACCCCAUCCCACGCCCAACCGUACGUACGCAUCUCACAUUACAUGCUCGCUGGUACGCGUGGUGUGCGACGAGGUGAUGCGCGGGCGACCGCGCGCGACCGUCACGCACGCGCAGUGCGUGCUCAAGCUGCUGCGCCGCUGCGCUGCACCCACACUCCACGCCCAAUCGUACGUACGCAUCUCACAUUACGUGCUCGCUGACGCGUGGUGCGCGACAAGGUGCUGCGCGGGCAGCCGCGCUGCACCUCCACCCCAUCCCACGCCCAACCGUACGUACGCAUCUCACAUUACUUGCUCACUGGUACGCGUGGUGCGCGACAAGGUGUUGCGCGGGCGGCCGUGCUGCACCCCCACCCUAUCCCACGCCCAGCCGUACGUACGCAUCUCACAUUACGUCCUCGCUGGUACGCGUGGUGUGCGACGAGGUGAUGCGCGGGCAGCCGCGCUACGCCCCCCACCCCAUCCCACGCCCAACCGUACGUACGCAUCUCACAUUACAUGCUCGCUGGUACGCGUGGUGUGCGACGAGGUGAUGCGCGGGCGACCGCGCGCGACCGUCACGCACGCACAGUGCGUGCUCAAGCUGCUGCGCCGCUGCGCUGCACCCACACUCCACGCCCAAUCGUACGUACGCAUCUCACAUUACGUGCUCGCUGACGCGUGA